GUUGGUUAUCGCAAUCGUUAUCGAUAGAUAACAACUUUUAUAUUUUGUAUAUUUAACAAAUAAAUAAAAUGCAAGAAUUUACAAGCAAGCGCGACGCUCUAUUCGCUUGUCUCGACGAUGCCAGCAAAGAGUUGAAAGGCACUGGCUUGGAUCAAAGCAAAGCAAAGCCAUACACUAUCCGGGCCAUGGAAAGACGACACAAUGCCCGGGAUGACCGUGGCCAGGUGAUGAACUAUCGCUGUGGACAGAGAAUUCAAGUGGAUGGCGAGACAGAGUCCGAGGACGGUAAAUUGCGACGCAUGCGAGGCAAAGAAAGCAUUUUCAAGAAGCCGGAAUUACCCAUAGGCCGGUGCCUAAAACCUCGCAAGACGCCCGACUAUCAGGUCAAUCCGCACAAAUGGAAGAAAUAUUCUCUCUCCGAUGUAGACAUAUCAGAGCAAACAAAUUCAGCAGCGGCCUUAUCGUUUCUCAGGGAAAUGGAUGCCCAACGUGAAACUGACACAAUCGGCCAGGAUGAUGAUGAGCUGGCCAGCAGUACUGGGCACAAGAUUGAAUUCAAAAAGAAAAGCAAACUGAAUCGCAAUCUCAAGAAGCUACAGUCAGACGAAACGGAAGACGUGUCCGUGGACAAGCCUCAGUUGAGGGGCUCCAAACUGAUAAUGCCCGAAUACGUAAUUGGCCAACGAGCAGCACCUAAGCAAAAGAGGUCCAAACCAAAAGCUGGCCAAAAUCGUGCUGCAGGCACAUUACAACUGUCUCAUUUGGACGAGCUCGAUGAGAUUGAUGAUUAGGCCUUCACCUAAAAAUGUAAUUUUAAAAGAAACCUCAACUGUAGAUAUAAAUUGAGUAAGUUGUCAUAUUAAAGCGACAUAUUUUCUUAAUGCUAGAAAAUAGUAAAUAAGUUUGCUAAUAAAAAAAUCAGCAAAAAA